AUGGGCCUAGAACAGACUGCAAAUGGCAGCAGUUUCAGCUCGCGAGAAACCGUAUACAACUUGAAUAAUAAGCUCGGUCCAAAAGAUGCAGUCUUCUCGGACAUCGAAUAUCUCUACCUCGAACUCGAUACGCCGCUUCCAACUCCCUCGAUCACCGUGCCUCCAGGGCCUGGUCAAUCGCCCGCACCUGAAUGCCCCGAUCUCAAACAAUACACCUCACCAUUUCUAUGGCCGAAAUGGCGAAAAUCCAUCAUGACGUGGAUCGCGUGUGCGGUCACAGCCCUAGCGGGUUAUUCAGCCGGUGAAAUCAGCCCUGCAUCCUCGAAAUUGACCGAAGAAUGGGACAUCAGCCCUGUGGUAUACAACUUGGGGAUCACUAUUUUCUGUAUCGGAUUUGCCUUGGCACCGAUGGUUCUUGCGCCUUUUUCGGAAAUCAAUGGACGACGACCGAUUUUCGUGGGCAGCGGAGUCAUCUUUGUUGCAUGUAUCAUCGCCUGCGGGGGUACUCACUCCUUCGCCGGAUUUCUAAUCGCGCGACUCGUCCAAGGCGUGGGUGCUUCAACCUUUUCGACCAUGGUUGGUGGCGUUAUAAGCGACAUCUACCAUGCCGAAGAUAGAAACACCCCCAUGGCUCUGUUUUCCGGAGCAGCGCUUUUCGGCACCGGGCUGGCACCGUUGCUAUCUAGCGUUAUCGUCCAACAUACGACCUGGCGCUGGGUCUAUUACUCUCAUGCUAUUGUGUCGGCCGUGUUUACUAUUCUCAUCUUCUUCUUUUUCAAAGAGACUCGUGGCAGCGUCAUUCUCAGUCGGAAAGCAGCGGCGCUGAAUAAGUAUUACGAUGCUUUGGAAAGAGCCGGUCAUGUGGGCGUCAUCCUAUGCGACGGCCAGUCAGGAGAGAAAGUCCAGGUCCGACGAGUUCGAUGGAAGGUCAAGAGCGAUGAGCAGCGCGUGUCACUGGUCCAAAUGAUCAGUAUCUCCUGCUACCGACCCUUUCCAGAUAUGCUAAUCACCGAGCCUGUUGUUUUUUUCUUCUCGCUGUGGGCUGCAUUCAGCUGGGCUGUGCUUUAUCUCCAGUUCGGAUCUGUUCCGUUGGUCUUUAAAUCGAAUCAUAAAUUUACCAUUGAGCAGUCUGGCGCCGUGUUUACCUCAAUGUGUGUCGGUGCUAUCCUAGCUACCGUGAUCAGCAUCUACCAGGAGUCAAUCGCCAUGCGAUUCAUCACGCUCCCCAAGUCCCCUGAGCGUCGGCUGUAUUUCGUCUGCUUCCAGUCCAUUCUCAUGCCUGUGGGCCUUUUCUGGUUCGGAUGGACGUCGUAUUCGUCUAUCCCUUGGAUCGUCCCUACACUAGCCAUUGGAUGUUCCACAAUGGGCAUUUUCUCGAUCUAUUUGGCCGUGUUCAACUACCUGGCUGAUACGUAUCAUCGAUUUGCCAGUUCUGCUAUUGCAGCACAGUCUUGCUGUCGGAAUCUCCUUGGGGGUUCUUUUCCGCUCGGCACGCUGCUUACCCUUGUCCCUUGGAUUUUGGCCUUUUACGGGCCUGCGAUUCGUGCUAAGAGCAAGCUUGCAAGUGAGCUGGCACAUUAG